AUGCUGGUACCAGCUAUAUUCAAGCGCCCGGCCACUGACGACCCCCAAUGCCCCUCUGCACGGCUAUCGCGUCGAGUCGCUGUCGAGUCUCGCGCUCACUGUAGAUGGUCAGUUGAGCCCAACUCAAUUCAAUCAAUGAUACGCGACAACAGUCGGGACCGUCUAUAUGUUCCUCCGGAAGCCUGGACUUUGAGGCAACUGCGGCUAUUAAAUUGCCGGUUCACUGUGCAAAAGAAACGCCAGCUGAAGGAGAGCCUACAGUCGCAAGUGAUGCUAGCGGAUUCGCCCGUCCAGGAUUUCCGAAAUACGCCUUCCAACCUUCCUCGCGCGAUGACGCAGUUUGGAGGACGAAGAACGCUGGAGGUCAAGAAAUCGGCCCUCAAGGAAAUCCUUGGCGCAUAUGUUCUGAGCGGUUAUCCUUUUACUUCCGCCGGCAGCCAGUCACAACUGUUUGGACGGAGGGCGUAUUCUCCUGCAACUCCUCCGCCGUUCAACGAGCCUGUGUUCAACACUCGCGAUAAAAAGCUGUGGUCUCUUCAGCCAGCGAAUCCCGUCGAAGAUCCAUACAUAAUGGGAAUUCUAAUUGCACUUGCCCAAGCGCAAUGGCGGCAUAGACAGAGAAAUGGGCAGCACGGGGAAGGAGGACACACAACCAAGGGCACAUCACCGAGAACUCCCUCACCACCCCAUUGCAGCACAGGCCGAAGCCCUCCUGACCGUGGCCAGGGUCUCAGAGUCAACGUCCUUGCCACUUCUGGUGUUGAAGACGACUGCCUAUACGUCUACACCGCGUCUAUCUCUGCCGCGAUUCUCGGCAAAUUUGACGAACCGUGGCGCUCUUCAUCGAAUGUCCCGGUUGUAGUUGCAUACUAUCGUAUCCCUCCUAAAUCCCCGAUAAAGCCGUUGAACAGGCUGCACCGAGUACUCUGUGCUGGGUCGUCUCGCUUUUGUACCGGCGAUGGAUAG